AUCACAAUGAAGCUUUAUCAAUGGCAAAAAGGGAAUUAUAACCUCUUUAGCCACAUGAUUCUUAUGAGCUAAAUCCCAUCGCAGUCUGCCACUCUCCCGACUGAGAUUCACUAUAAGCUUUUGUGAUGAAACCUUUGCUUCCGUGUCUGCUGGUUCAUUGCAUCGAUUGUCGAGAGGUUUCAAGGGACAAAGGUCAUUUUGGUCCAGGGACCUCCUUCUAUUUAUUCUCAGAAGUUGUGAAAUGCGAUUUUUCAAGCCCGGUUUCUUCAUUUUGCAGCUGAAGCUUGUAAACUUGAAGUUUCGAGG